AAUUGUUGCAUAUCUUGGCAUCUGCCAACCACGAGCGUUGGUGACAAUGAAGUCAUGAUCGGUGCGCCUCGACGAAAAAUCGUUACCUCACAAUCUGUACUGUAGGUAUACGCAUGUGUUCCACGAGGUUAUCAAAAGUCGGCUCAAAGGCUUGAACAAAUGAUUGUUUCAGAUUUGAGAGGUUUGAUUUAGGUUAUCUCCUUCAUGAAAUCAAAAGUGGGGAACACGGGACUUGAUACUUUUAGGACAACGAUCAACGACUCACCAACAAUUUAUCCAGAUACGCACCGAAUUCUUGCCUACUUUCGACCCCAAAACUGAGCCAACGGUGAUAACAGUGGUAGGACGAUGCUAUCAAAUAUCACGGAGAAGACAGCAUGCGUGACUCACGUGUGAUAUCACGUGUGUCUACCCCGGUAUCAAUCCUUCAAAAUGCGAGUUUCUUCCUCAAAGAUCCUGAUGAUGGAGUAGGAUCUUUUUGCCAUUUACUUCAAAAUGACUAUAGUCUUCUCUUCAAGUGUGGCAGAAAUAACAGCUUCUUUGCAUUACCUAAUAUUCAAUUUUUACCCCUUUGUUUCUAGCUGCGUGUCAUUUUUAUCAAUCCAUUGCGCAAGUUCACAAGGCAGUUACAAUUUUUAUUUGUAUUAUGGAUUUAAGUACGACAAUCCUCAAGUCUAGCUGUGCCUCUCGCCUUCGUUUCAUCGUAAACUGAAUCUAUUCAAAGGAUCAAAUAUACCUAGAUAUCGACGUUUCUAUUGGUCCCGGCAUUGAAGGAGUUGUUUUAAGCCUCUUUGCGCCGUCGGUCUACUAUUCAUUCUUGUAAUCAUAUCAAAAGUUUAGUCAGUUGAUUGAUUGGCUACAUCACGACGAGUAUGAUAAUUAUAGAAACUUUUGCUUCACAGUUGGAAAUUUCUUCGAGAUUUGACUUGUCAAAUCAUCCACUUCACGUUUGUAUUUGUUGGAAUUACAGCGGCACUGUUUCCAUGAGAAACUCGCAGUCCAGUGAUUGGCUCAGCGUUUUAUCUCCUCUUCUCAAUCUUUUAAUGAUUUAUAAGUACAAAUUAAGCCCUCCAAAAUUGACAACUUCGAUCGUUUUCGCUAUUUGCUUUCUUGGUUGAUAGAAAGCUGUCUCGCUCACCAGCACCACCACUAUAUCAACUCUCCUUGUACCAACAUGUACCAUCAAGUAGAAAAACAAAUGUUGUGUUCUAUCGCUGUUAUACUUUCCAUCCCAGCUAUCAUAAAGGCUCAGGCGCUCGUUGGUUGUGAUUCUGUGAACUGCGUCACUCGGUACAAUCCACCGUCAUGCCCAAUCAAUAACAUCACCCUUUCUGUGAUCGGAAUCACUUCAUUUAAUACUUCGAUCGAUUCAUCACCAUUUACCUGGACAUUGGGGAUUCAAGAAUCAGAUGAUCCAGUUGAAUCUUCUGUCCCUACUACACACCUCAAGCAUCGCCAAACUUCUUCAUCUCCUACAGGUCCUGUUGAGCCUACUCCCACUUACUCCUUCAACAUAACAUUGAGUCGGAAUUUUUAUCUUGGCACCCCUCCGAAGGUUAGUUUCACCUCAGAGUCAAACACCCAUGCAUGCGCACUAUUUUUUGAUGGAAUAGCUUCAGAUUUAACAUUCGGGACCAGCGCUACGGGAACAUGUAAUGAUGCUCUUACAGCAUCUUGUGUUGAUGAACUAUUAGCUCAAUCUCAAUCUCAAAUGGCCAAAAUUUUGUCAAGCACCUCGAGCACUCGAGACGAAACAGAUAUUUGCAAUUCGCUACAGUCAGCCAUUAAAUCUCAAGCUCCGGCAUCUUGUACUGCGGCAAAGGAUGGUAGCUGGGAAGAUCUUGUUGCACAAGGGUUGAGCUCCCCAAUUUCUCCACCAACCAGACCCAAAUCACCCGAUUGUAUCCCAACGACGGGAGAGAAUUACGACUUAUCUUUGAUCCACAACACCACAUCCUCGAGUAUAGUGGAUGUCUCUCACUUUGCUUUACUCUCAGACCCCGCAAAGGGCGCAUUCUAUGACGGCAUUACUCCGAUCCUCACAGUUUUCUGGAACACAUCUAGUUUGAAUGAUACCUCGGCCACUGUUGCCAGUGCAGAAUCUCAUUUGAGUUGUUUGAAAGUGGUGGAAAGUACGAAUGGGGAGGUUGGGGGGACACUUCUUCACCUCCUAAAUCUGAAGGGUCAAUUAUGGGUAUAAAUGGGUAUUGGAGCUGGGGAUUAGUGACGGCAGUUUGGGGAUGGAUUGUGUUUUGUUAGUGACGAGGGUGUAUAUCUGUGGAUUAGACACUUAAUAAA